AGUUUCUACAUCAUGCAAAAGCUGCAAGUCUAUGUGUCCAUUUACCUGUUCAUGCUGAUCGUCGCCGGCCCCGUGGACCUGAGUGAGAACGGCGAGCAGAAAGGCGAUGUGGAGAAAGAGGGGCCGUGCAACGCGUGCACCUGGAGGCAGAACACAAAGUCGUCCCGAAUAGAAGCCAUAAAGAUCCAGAUCCUCAGCAAACUGCGCCUGGAAACAGCGCCCAACAUCAGCAAGGAAGCCAUCCGGCAGCUCCUGCCCAGAGCCCCGCCGCUGCGGGAGCUCAUUGACCAGGACGACGUGCAGCGCGACGGCGGCAGCGAGGGCUCCCUGGAGGAGGACGACUACCACGCCACCACGGAGACGGUCAUCGCCAUGCCCACAGCACCUGAUCUUCUGACGCAAGUGGAAGGAAAACCCAAAUGCUGCUUCUUUAAGUUCAGCUCUAAAAUACAAUUCAAUAAAGUGGUCAAGGCCCAGCUGUGGAUCUAUCUGAGACCCGUCAAGACGCCCACGACGGUGUUUGUGCAAAUCCUGAGGCUCGUCAAGCCCAUGAAAGACGGGACGAGGUACACGGGAAUCCGAUCCCUGAAACUCGACAUGAGCCCAGGCGCUGGCAUUUGGCAGAGCAUCGAUGUGAAGACCGUGUUGCAAAACUGGCUCAAACAACCCGAAUCCAACUUGGGCAUUGAAAUCAAAGCUUUAGAUGAGAAUGGUCGUGAUCUUGCGGUGACCUUCCCGGGACCGGGAGAGGAUGGGCUGAAUCCCUUUCUGGAAGUCAAGGUAACAGACACACCAAAAAGAUCCAGAAGAGAUUUUGGCCUUGACUGUGACGAGCACUCCACCGAGUCGCGGUGCUGCCGUUACCCCCUGACUGUGGAUUUCGAAGCUUUCGGAUGGGACUGGAUUAUUGCCCCCAAACGAUAUAAGGCCAAUUAUUGCUCUGGAGAGUGUGAAUUUGUAUUUUUACAAAAAUAUCCUCAUACCCAUCUGGUACACCAAGCGAACCCCAGAGGCUCAGCAGGCCCCUGCUGUACUCCCACAAAGAUGUCUCCCAUUAAUAUGCUGUAUUUUAAUGGCAAAGAACAAAUUAUAUAUGGGAAAAUUCCGGCCAUGGUAGUAGAUCGCUGUGGGUGCUCAUGAGAUUGAUAUUUGGUUCGUACCUUUCUAAAACAUGGAAGGCCUUCCCCUCAGCAAUUUUGAAACUGUGAAAUCAUGUGCCACAGGCUCUACGCCUACAGUAUGCGACAGUCACAUAAGCACACACCGCAGGACACGAACUAAAAGUGAGAAUAUAUGCAAUGAUUGGCAUUUAACCAUCGAAAUAAAUCGCACACUAGAAGCUCUAUGAUUCCCAGAGUUUUGAACUAGGAGGUAAAUUACACUUACGUUCGUAUAUACAGCGCGACACACGCGGGUCAAUGCGAGCGGCUCUCCUUGCGCCUAAUGAGCAAAAGGAGUGCUGAAAAGCUCAUUGUCUAGAGUUUCCUUUGGUAGCCACACAAAGCCCGUGUGUAGUGUUGGCGAAACGCAGCGCUGUUGUGUCUAUUGUUUAAAUCAUCCUUACACACUUGAGUUUAUAUUGUCUGCUGGAAUCCUUGGUAAGAUGAAACCCACAGAACUAGGGGUGGGACACGGUAUGCGAGCUCCCGCUCCCUGUUCAUUGGUUCAGUACGGUCACAAUCCACGCCGAGGUGCUAAUGCAACAGGCCCAACGGCUGAUGUUACCAGGUGAUCAAGUGAAAAGACUCAGCAAGAUAAAGAGCUAUUCCUUUCUUCAGGCACACUUUCAUAGACCUCCAAAUGGGAAUGCGUUUUCUUUAGUACCAGAAGAACCAUUUUUGUAGCAUACUUGGAGAAACUGAUUUAUCUUAAAAGGUAGCCAAAAAGUAUUCAUUUCUAUCAAAAUUUCCAAAUUAUAAAAAUUUAAAAAUGACAGCCUGCCUUUGCAACACUGCAGUUUUUAUGAUAAAAUAAUAAAAUGACAGAUUCUAUCAAUAUUGUAUAAAAGACUUUGAAACAAUUGCAUUUAUAUAAUGUGUAUACAAUAUUUUUUUUUGUAAAUAAGUGUCUCCUUUUUUAUUUACUUCGGUGUAUUUUUACAGUAAGGACAUUUCAAAUUAAGUAUUAAGGCACAAAGACAUGUCUUAUAUAACAGAAAAGCAACUGCUUAUACUUCAGAGAAAUUAGCAAAUAAAAUAGGGGCCUUAAAACUCCAUAUGCUAAUGGUUAGAUGGUUAUAUUACAAUCAUUUUCUAUUUUUUUACAUUAUAAACAUUCACUUAUGGAUUGAUGAUGGCUGUAUAAUGUGAAUGUGAAAUUUCCAUGGUUUACUGUCAUUAUACUCAAAUCUCAACGUUCCAUUAUUUUAAUACUUAUAAAUAUUACUAAGCAUACCAAAAUGACUGCGUUCUAUCACCUGAAAUACAGUAUAAUAAGCUGAUGAUAUCUUAACAAGAACUGUUAACUUUAUAAUUCAAUAAUGAAUA